UGAGCCACCCAGGCAUCCCACCCCUAGAGUAAUUUAAAGUUAAUCUUGAAUGUUCCAUCAUUUCAUCUGACAGUACCUCUUAGAACUGUAUACUCCUUGUUUUCAUUGAUACAUUGUGCAAUUCUUUCUUCAUCCCUUUUAGGAGUUUCUCUUUUUCUUUCCUGUGGUUUAAUCCUUUGUAUUUAUUCCUUGUUAUUCCUGGUGUAUUAUUGGUAUUAGAAUCACCGUCCACAUGCUCAUGGCUCGCAGGUGUUUUACCCACUCUGAACUUGUAAAGCUUGGACUUCAAAAUUGAAAUGCCCUGUUGGUGGCCGUAAGGUGUUUCUGACGCUAUAAUGCCUAAGUCUCCAUCUGUCUAUGUCUAGGAUUCUCUGUCUCAGGAGUCACUCCUAGGCAUCCGGACUGGAGAUUUGGGUGUUAUUCUAGACUGACUGCAGUUCCUCAAAACCCUCCCUGUGGCAUCUGAUACAUCCACCCUUAAAAACCUCCAGUUUUUCUAAUCUGAGCCCUUGUUUCCAGCCUGUUACGGUAGCACUAGUCUGUGCCCCCUGAUUUCUUACCUUCUUCCCAGUUGUUGCUGACCAUGCUUAAACCGUGCUUAAACCUGUAAUCCCCAGGCUUAACUACUCUUUCUCCAAAGGCGAAAUGACAAUGGAUGCCAUCUUGGCGCGACUGAAACUCCUGAAUCCUGAUGACCUUAGAGAAGAAAUUGUGAAAGCCGGAUUGAAAUGUGGACCCAUUACCUCGACCACAAGGUUCAUUUUUGAGAAAAAAUUGGCUCAGGCUUUAUUAGAGCGCGGAAGAACGCUGCCUUCACAUCCUCCUGGCUGCGACACCUCAAGUGCCACUGCUCUGAGCCAAGAUGCACAGAAGAUGUCGAAGUCUGCUGUAGAGAGUCAGGCUGAGCAGGUCGGCUUGUCUGAAGACAGAGAUUUUGGUUACAGCGUGGGCUUGAAUCCUCCAGAGGAAGAUGUCGUGACAUCUAAGACCUGUUCCGUGCCCUUCAGUGCUGCCACUGGGGUCAGUGGCCACAAAGCUGUGACAAGGGCGUCUGCGGAGCCGCCUCUGUACUACGGGGUGUGCCCGGCGUAUGAGGACACGCCAGCGAGAAAUGAAAGGAUUCAUGUUUAUGAAGAUAGAAAGGAAGCAUUGCAAGCUGUCAAAAUGAUCAAAGGAUCUCGAUUUAAAGCUUUUUCGAGUAGAGAAGAUGCCGAGAAGUUCGCUAGAGGAAGUUGUGAUUAUUUCCCUUCUCCAAGCAAAGCCUCUUCACCCCUUUCUCCUGUGAAAAUAACCUCGGUCUUCAGCAGCGGUGCAGUGAAAGAUGCCGUGUACUCCUCAGAGUCAGAAACUAUCAACAGAGAACGAGCAAACAGUUACAAAACCCCUCGUACUCAAGAUCUCACUGCCAGACUCCGAAAAGCUGUGGAGAUGGGAGAAGAAGACCUCUUUUUGGAUCUGACCUGGAGUAACCCCCGGUACCUGAUCGGCUCCGGCGACAAUCCGACCAUCGUGCAGGAAGGGUGUAGGUACAACGUCCUGCAUGUCGCUGCCAAAGAGAACCAGGCUUCUAUCUGCCAGCUGACUCUGGAGACCCUGGAGAACCCCGAGUUUAUGCGGCUCAUGUACCCCGAUGACGAGCCACACAUGCUGCAGCAGCGCAUCUGCUACAUCGUGGACCUGUACCUGAACACGCCGGACAAAGCGGGUUAUGACACGCCGUUGCACUUUGCUUGUAAGUUUGGGAAUGCAGAUGUGGUCAACGUGCUUUCUUCACACCCUUUGAUUGUAAAAAAUCCAAGGAAUAAGUAUGAUAAAACUCCUGAAGACGUGAUUUGUGAAAGAAGCAGAAAUAAGUCUGUGGAGCUGAAGGAACGCAUUAGAGAGUACUUACAGGGCCACUACUACGUGCCGCUCCUGAGAGCCGAGGACACAUCGUCUCCUGUGAUUGGGGAGUUGUGGUCUUCAGACCAGACGACCGAGACCUCGCAUAUCGGCCACGGGGGAGGCGGCCCCAGAGAUCCUGUUCUGACCUUGAGAGCCUUUGCGGGGCCCUUGAGCCCGUCCAAGGCGGAAGAUUUUCGCAAGCUCUGGAAAACGCCACCUCGAGAGAAAGCAGGCUUCUUUCACAAUGUCAGGAAGACGGAUCCAGAAAGAGGCAUGGAGAGGGUGGGAAGGGAGUUGGCUCGUGAGCUGGGGUACCCCUGGGUCGAAUACUGGGACUUUCUGGGCUGUUUUGUUGAUCUGUCUUCCCAGGAGGGUCUGCAAAAGCUAGAAGAAUAUCUCCGUCACCAGGAGGCAGGCAAAAAGGCCCCACAAGACUCGGGAGCAAAUGAGGCCUGUCGUCAGGAGGACCCCUCUACCUUUGGCCGUGCUCGGAAGAGCAGCAAUUCCAUCUCUGUGAGGGCGUUUCUGGAUGAAGACGACGACCUGAGCUUGGAGGAGAUUAAAAAUCGACAGAACACGGCUCGAAACAACACCCAGCCCACAGUUAGCACUUUUGGGGACUCGAAGUGUGACAUCCUUCCCUUGGAGCAGGAGACCAGCCUUAUAGAAGCGUCCACCCUGACCAGUCCCCACGGCAGCAAGAAUGGGUUCUGUGGCCCCCUGAGCGGCAGCAGGACCCCGGGCAGGAAGAGGCCGGAGGCCCCAGGCGCCGGAGAAGUGCUCAUCUCGCCGGUCUCCGGCUUGACGGUUGAGUUCGAUAAACUGCAAUUGCAAGACCUAGGAAGUAAUUUUCCCAAGACCCCAAAUAAAAACGGAAAAACUAGGGACAGGAAGAGCUUCACAUCAAGAACGGAUGCCGCGAAUGAUUUGUUAGAGCCGCCUGCUGCUGACGCCCUUACAGAGAACCAAACCAGGACAGAGAGCGAAAUGUCAGCCAAAAUGGCUAAAAUACGUCUGGGUCCUGACACUCCUGUGCCCGAGGUUCAGCAGAACUGUGGUUCCAUGUCCUCAGAGCCCUCAGGGGUCCCCACGAUGAAGGAGCCUGUGGAGAGGCUCUUCCUUUUUGGAGAGGAGCCGUCAAAACUGGACCGAGAUGUUUUGGCCGCUCUGGAGUGUGCAGAAGUGGACCCUCAGCGGUACCCGGCCGUGCACAGAUGGAGGAGUGCCGUCCUGCGCUACUCCCCCGCUGACAGACAGAGUUGGCCGAGCCCUGCGCUGAAAGGGAAGCUGGAGUCUCAGCAGCUGGAUGUCGCUGGUCCCCACAGCUGCAGCCCCGGGAGAAGCCCUGGGAAGCCCGGGCCCGUAUCCCACUCCCCAGGCCUGGGCAGCCCUGGGCGCUACAGCCCCGCGCAUGGGAGCCACCUCCGCAGGGUGGCGCGCCUGGCACAGCUCACGGCCUUGUAAGGCUGCUCCAAGCUGCUGGGCGGCUCGUUCUCUUCUUUGUUUUUAAAGGAAAAAGGGUAAAGUGUUUAUUGCUAAAACUUACCAAAAAGAAUAUAUUCUGAUUAAUUUAUUAGUCCUCAUUUUGAGAGUAAAAGGUUUUUAGAAAAUGCAAAUGUUUUCUAUAAAAUUUAGUUUUCUGGGGUUUGGGGAGAAGUUGAUAGAAGCAAAUCCAGUUACAAACUUUCUGAGCAUCGUCAGCGUGUAACAGUGUGGACUUGAGCUCACCGUGGGCAAGCGGAAGACGCCGUUCCCAUCGUGAGUGUGCCAGAGCCCGGGUGAGUGCCAGAGCCGGGGCUGCCAGUCCCCCGUUCUUACAGCAAAGAUGAAUUUCGUGCCAUCUUCCUUUUCUGGGAAGGGUCUCUGACUUUUUCGUUCCCGAUAGAAAUCUUUUGUUCUGCCGCUUGGUCCCAGUGGCUUAGACCAAUUGAUAAGGUGCGUGUCUGGGGGCAAACAAACGUGGAGAUGACUUAGACUUGCAAGUUUGACUCAUCGCAAACAUUUAAACUAGUGACCAGAAGGUAAAACCAGCUUUUCUCUGGGAAUGAAUUCUCUGGUCCGUGGGAGUCCUGGGAGUGGUCCCCGCGCUUGGCGAAGCAGCAGCUCUAAGGAACCUGCGCUGCCGGUCACUGGUCUCAUUGCAGGGUUGUGCCAGACAAGUGACCUCUACGUUCCCCGGGUUUGAAAUUUACUGCGUAUGUCCAGAUUCACUUCCACUGGAUUUCCUUUAUGGAAGAGUGUUGCACUGUAGUAUAGAAACUAGAGAUUUGAGUCCCGGUCAGUAAUCUUGCUCCAUUUAUUUUAACUUCCCCGUGGCCAUGACCUUCUGGGGGUCUGCCUGGAGCAUGGGGGUCAUCUUAGAACCACUGCCGUGAUUGAUACCCAAAACUCCACACCUGAGUUACUUCUCUCCGGUGUACACGACUCUCGCGCACUGGGGGUGCUCUGUGAAUAUUUCCAGUGUUUGAUCCAAAAUGGAAGACUCUACCAAUUUUUGCUAAAUCCAGUGCCUUUUGUAAAUCAUUUUUUAUUCUCCUGAAACUUGCUUUAUGCGAAUAUACAGGGAUACUAAGUAGGCGUGAGAUUUUGUUGUUGCUGUUUAUAAGAAUUCUGAAUUGGAACUUGUGUUUUAAAAAAAAGAAAAAGCUUAUUUCUUUCAUCUGCUAACAAGAGACAGGUCAGGAAUAUUGGAAUCAAGAUUUGGAUUUUAAAACUUAAAAGCUAGUUACACAGGGUGUUUUCACUUGUGUAACAAUCUGGAUGUAACACAGAAAAAUACAUUCUAUUCUGAAAGUCAGUGGCAUUUACAAACGGCAUCUUUGUUCUCAAAAGAAAUUAGAAUACAGAUAGUACAUCACAGCAAUGAUCUGUUUUCUGUAAAAUCCUGUUACGCAUAUGUUGUAAAUAUUAGGAUGGAAAUUAAAAGUGUUUCUGUCCAAA